AUGUUGCAGCGAAGGAUAGCGAAGGUGUUAGUGCUGCUGGUGUUGUCGAGCGUGGAUACGACGCAAUCAGCAACGGCCGAGUUGGAGAUCGUGCGGUGGAUUGAGUCGGCUGCAGGUGUUCUCGAGAAGGAUGCGUGCUGGCGAGAUGUCAACCGGACGCUGGAGGCGGUUCGUUUCCGGGAACCGUGGGCUUUGGCAAUGCUGGACGCGUCGGUGAAGUUCCCAGAGGCGGUGGCGUUGGGAUCGCGGUUCCAGUUCGGCAGUUACGACGAGUGUCUGCGGCCUCUGUCAGGUCAGUCGCUCGCAAACGCACCAGCCGUUCCGCCCCAGUACUGCCUGGUGCACGUUUCAUUGGAGGGGUUUCCUAGACGUGACCCAAUCGGACGAGACGAUACCUCAAACGGCUCGUCUCGGAUGCUUUGGGGUGUCUGCCUGCCUGCUGUCUGCUCGGAAGGUGAAGUAACACAGUUGUUGACCGCCAUUAGUGGGUAUGACGCAGACUUCGCUAGCUGCCAGCGUUGGAGCGACGUUAGUGCACCUGCAGGAUAUGAUCUGCUGCAAACAGCAACCGCUUGCAUACUACUGCUGUUCGCAUUGAUGAUCUCCUGCAGCACGUUGUACGGUCUGUGUGGUGAACAGCGCCAUAAACCGGUCGUGACCAUCCUUCGAGCGUUCUCCAUCACCGAGAACCUGCGUAAACUAGUGCAGGUGUCAAAGGAUGACCACGGACUCGGGUGUCUAAACGGCAUAAAAGCGAUCGCGAUGGUGUUCAUCCUGGGUGGACAUGCACUGCUCUUCAUGGCCGGUGGACCACUCCUGAAUGCUGGGUUCUUUCGUGAGCAGAGUCGCCUUCUACAUAACGCCUUCUUACUCAACUCACCUCUGCUCGUCGACACCUUCCUGCUACUGAGCGGCUUCCUGUUCGCGAGGCUACUCCUUCUCGAGCUAGACAAGCGUCAGGGACGUGUCAACUUCGCGCUACUAUACCUGUUCCGAUACGUCCGGCUUACACCAGCAUACCUAGCUGUCAUCGCACUGUACGCCACCUGGCUACCACUGUCAGGUGAUGGACCUCUUUGGGGCGCACGAAUGGCACGCGAACAACACCGUUGCCGGGAGAACUGGUGGGCGAACGUGCUGUACGUGAACAACUACGUCGGUACCGAAGAGGUGUGCAUGUUCCAGUCGUGGUAUCUCGCUGCCGACACGCAGCUGUUCGUAUUGGCUCCAGUACUACUCUAUCCGAUGUGGCGCUUUGGGCGACGCGUAGCACUACUGCUGAUCGGCUCCAUCACCACCAUCUCCAUUCUGGUGCCAUUCGGUGUUACCUACGCUCAACGGCUCGAUCCAACGUUCAUGGUGUUUGCAGAUGAGGUGAGCGAUCUGCAGGCGAACGAUUACUUCGUGAACGUGUACGGCAAGACGCACUUGCGUGCCACGGCUUAUCUGUUUGGGUUGCUCGUCGGCUACCUUGUGCACUGGAUGCAAAUUGAAAACGUGCGUAUCAAUCGGCGGAUGCUGGCGAUCUGUUGGAUCGUGUCGGGUGUGUGUGGAACCACCGCCAUGUUCUCUCUCACCGCGUUCUACACCGAUCUUGGCACGCAGAACUAUCUCUACAACGCGUUGUACGCCGCACUGCAUCGGUUCGGGUGGAGCCUGUCAAAUGGGUGGCUCGUGUUGGUGUGCGUCACCGGUCACAGUCGAACAUUGAAGCGAUUCCUGUCAGCACGCGCCUUCGUCCCACUUAGCCGUCUCACGUACUGUGCUUAUCUGACGAACGGGCUGGUCGAGCUGUACCUGGCUGCAUCACGACGGACACCUCUCUAUGCCAGCAUCGCGACACUGACGGCUGAGACGAUCUCGCACAUCUUGCUGACGUUCCUGCUGGCGCUGGUGCUCUGUCUGAUGUUCGAGUCACCUAUCCACGGACUAGAGAAGAUGCUGCUACAUCGCUUCCGGCCGAGUCAAUCACCCACCAGAGCACCGGAAACGAGCAGCCUUAGUACGAGCAACAACACUCACAGUACCUCGGAGGAGGCGUAAUAUGGGGAAAUGGGUGACAGUGACACAUGUACAUACAUUGCGAUAAGGGACACACAAACACACGGACACAGUGACAAAUCCGGUACACCGACCGGAUGGUAGGUUUCAAUAAAGUCGAUAUUUAUCUAGGGACGAAG